AUGAUGGAUUUUCAUCAAGAGAUCAUUAACUUCAUCAAGGUUUGGGUACAAGCCACGGCAUCUCUAUCUUACACUUACUACUUCUCCUCAAGACUUCCUAAAGGACUCGUUAGGUUACUCUCUUUACUUCCUGUCUUUUAUCUCCUAUUAAUCCCUCCCUUGAGCAUCUCUUCUUUCCUUCUUUCAGCAAUCACUGGCUUCUUCCUUUCUUGGCUAACAACAUUCAAGGUCAUCUCCUUUGCUUUUGAUCAAGGCCCUUUGUAUCCACACCCACAAAACCUCCUACAUUUCAUCUCCAUAGCUUGUCUUCCCAUCACAAUCAAGCAAAACCCAUCUCCAAAAUUGAAAUCGAUAGCAAACCCAACUCCAAUUUCACAUCUUUUGAAAAGGGUUUUCAUGUCAUUCCCAUUUAAAGUCUUGUGCCAUUGGGUUAUUACUUAUCUCUAUCAAUACAAAAAAUACAUGCAUCCAAACAUGAUCUUAGUGAUCUAUUGUUGUCAUAUGUACGUUAUGUUGGAUAUCACACUCUCUCUAUGUGCAACCCUAGCUGAAUUCCUUUGUGGGUUUGAGGUUGAACCACAAUUCAAAGAGCCUUACCUUGCUACUUCACUACAAGACUUUUGGGGUCGUAGGUGGAACCUAAUUGUGUCAAGUGUUCUACGUUCGACUGUCUACACCCCAACAAGGCACAUUGCUUCACAUCUAAUUGGGUCUAGAUGGGCUUAUUUUCCAGCCAUAAUUGCAACAUUUGUGGUAUCAGGACUUAUGCAUGAUAUAGUGUACUAUGUGUAUAUCAUGCAUGUGCAUCCCAAGUGGGAUAUGUCAAUGCACUUCGUCCUACAUGGGAUUUGUGAAGCUUUGGAGCUGGAGAUGAAGUGUAAGAGAUCAAGGAGUGACAAGUGGCGGCCGCAUCCUGUUGUCGAUAGGGUAAUGGUGAUGGGGUUUGUGAUGGGGACUAGUGUUUCCAUACUCUUUGCACCACUAUUAAGGGACAAUGUGGAUCAAAUUGCAGCAAAAGAGUACUCAAUUUUGUUUAGUUUCGUUAGGGAGAAGAUAGCCAUGCUUGGAACAAGGUUGAUGCGAGGCAGUUGA